AUGAGUCCCUACUCUCUCCGUCCCUACUCUCACCGUCCCUACUCUCCCCGUCCCUAUUCGCUUCUCCCCAUCCCUACUCUCCCCGUCCCUACUCUCUCCGUCCCUACUCUCACCGUCCCUAAUCUCCCCGUCCCUACUGUCCCCGUCCCUUCUCUCCCCGUCCUUUCUCUCCCGGUCCCUACUCUCCUCGUCCCUACUCUCCCCGUCCAUACUCUCUCCGUUCCUACUCUCUCCGUCCCUACUCUCCCCGUCCCUACUCUCCCCGUCCCUACUCUCCCCGUCCCUACUCUCCACGUCCCUACUCUCCCCGUCCCUACUCUCCCCGUCCCUAUUCUCUUCUCCCCGUCCCUACUCUCUCCGUCCCUACUCUCCCCGUCCCUACUCUCCCCGUACCUACUCUCGUCGUGCAUACUUCCAUCGUCCGCGCCUGGCGGAAGGGCGGUGGGCGCACGCCAGGCGAGGCGAGCAGCACCCGACGAGCACUGCGUGACGCCGCUGCCACCGUGA